CUGCAUUUCUCUCGGUGGACAGCAUCUUUUCAACACCGACACAUUCAUCUUCACCCUUGACCAAAUAAUUCGGUCGAUUCCUGAAGACCCCGCCAGAUCAGGACGAUUUUCUCCCCGUCGCAUCGGUCACCCCGCAUUACCCCUCCAAUUCCGCAUCAGGAUGUCCUCCAAGUCGCAAUUGACCUACACGGCCAGGGCAAGCAAGCAUCCCAAUGCCCUUGCCCGACGUCUGUUUGAGAUUGCUGAGGCUAAGAAAUCUAAUGUCACCGUCUCGGCCGAUGUGACGACGACCAAGGAGCUGCUGGACCUGGCUGACCGCCUUGGACCCCACAUCGCUGUAAUCAAGACGCACAUCGACAUCCUCUCCGACUUCAGCGACGCCACCAUCAACGGACUGAACGCCCUGGCAGCGAAGCACAACUUCCUCAUCUUCGAAGACCGCAAGUUCAUCGACAUCGGCAACACCGUCCAGAAGCAGUACCACAACGGUGCGCUGCGCAUCUCAGAAUGGGCGCACAUCAUCAACUGCGCCGUCCUACCCGGCGAAGGCAUCGUAGAAGCUCUAGCGCAGACAGCCUCCGCCGCGGACUUCCCCUACGGCCCAGAGCGCGGGCUCCUAAUCCUCGCCGAGAUGACCUCCAAGGGAUCGCUGGCGACGGGGCCAUACACGACCGCAUCGGUGGACUACGCGCGCAAGUACAAAGGGUUCGUGAUGGGCUUUGUGUCGACGCGCGCGCUGAACGAGGUCCAGUCGGAGGCGACCUCCGCGUCGGAGGACGAGGAUUUCGUGGUGUUCACCACGGGCGUGAACCUCGCGUCCAAGGGCGACAGUUUGGGUCAGCAGUACCAGACGCCGCAGUCGGCGAUUGGGCGCGGCGCGGACUUCAUUAUCGCGGGACGGGGCAUCUACGCUGCGCCGGAUCCGGUCGAGGCGGCGCAGCGGUACCAGAAGGAAGGGUGGGAGGCGUACAUGGCCCGUGUUGGGGGCAACUGACUGCCGAGUAAUCUAUACUACAUGCCUGUCACUGGGGCUCUAUCAAGUAGCAAUAGUUAUUUCCAUCCAUGGUGUAGUAAUUCGUGGCGUUCGCGUGGUGUGGGCAUAAACGAGGCUGUGCGCAUAGUUUCGGACACCGUGAUGAUAGUGCUUAAGGUAU